CUGCGUCGUACUGUAUCGCACGCUGAUAGCCCAUAUUUUCCGUGGCCCGACAAGGAGACUUGCAUUUUGGAUAUCUUACGGCAUAUCCCCCGGUGCGCGUUUUCACGCAAGCAGAAUGCGGUCAUUCACUGGGCACUGCUUGCGCUCGGGGUAUCCAAUAUUCCGUCAGAAGACACGGUGGCGCGGAUUUCCGAUAGCUUGCAGCAGCUUUUUGGCGUCGCAAGUAUCCGGUACAAGGGUGCUUUUGGGCAUGUCUACUACGUGAACGACCUAGCGGCACUGAUCGCCCAGGAAAUGGCCAAUCCUCGUGUACGACGGCACCUACAGUUUCUCGCAGAAGACGCGGGGCCCAAAUUGAAGGAAGCAUGGCAGGCCAAGAGAUGGCGUGAGGAGCUCGAUCCUGACUUGGCAACCCCCAUGAUUCGCUACAAGAAUCAAGACUUCUACGUCUACGAACCUACACUGCUUACAAACGGUAAAGUCUGCAUUCCGUUCGGAUGGUUCCGCCGCAAGGGUGCAUUAUUUGGGCGCGCGUGGGCGCUUUCUCUCGAGCGGGACCGAUCAGGGUGGACGGUGCUGAAGUAUGAAGAGAUCGACGUCCCCGAGAGCUUCCUGCUCUCAAACUUUCCCAAUCUGUGCGAGUCGUUCACUUCCUAUGGCAUCGCGGACCCGCGCAAUAUCAUCGGUACGUCUCUCGACGUUCCCGUAGCCGUUGACAAGGGCUUGACUCCAUGGAACUUCACCGAUCCCCGCGUCGGGAAUCGAUGGAGACGACAAGCAAAGGGACAUCAUGUUCGCGCUUUCCCGAUAUGGUUGUACUGCGACGACACGUCCGGGAACCUUUCAAAAAAGUGGAAUAAACAUAAUUCCUUCCUUUUCACGCCCGCCGGCCUCCCGCGUUCCCUCGUUCAUCAAGAAGAGAACAUACACUUCCUGUCGACCUCGAAUAUUGCCCCGCCUCUGGAAAUGUUGGAUGGCAUUGUUGAUCAACUACAACAAUGUCAGGAGACGGGAAUCUGGGCAUGGGACUGCGAAGACAAGGAGCUUGUUCUUGUUGUCCCAUCAGUGCUUGCAAUGCUCGGGGACAACCCUAUGCAAAGCGAGAUCGCCUGCCAUGUGGGGCUUGCCGGGAAGCUCUUCUGUCGAGUAUGCUGGGUGUCGAAAGGAGCUGCCGCAGACAACAAUGCAGAGGCAGCUCCAGAAGGUGCAUGUUCCUCUUCACGUGUGCCUCGUACCCCAGAUGGUGCUUCAGAUUCGCCUGCGAGUCAGCCCCGCGGCCGUCAAAAUGCAGGAAAGCAGCAGGAAACGAUGCAAGACAUGAUCGCACGUCUGAGAAACUUCAUGACGCUCGGCGCAUCAGGGUUACGUUCGCGCGACCAGACACUUCGCUGCCUCAAGUCACAGUUCAAUGAGGCGACCCGGGUGGGAGGACAGAGCGAAGUCUUCACUAAGCGAACAAACACGGGUGUGAAGGACACGUUCCAAUCGUGGUUCAUUGAACGCCUGUGCAAGGUGACAGUUGCGAAGGGCAAGAGCCGUGCCGAUAAGACAGCGGAGGUUUCGGCGUUGCUCCAGUCGUUCCCCCCGGAGGAGCUGCUCACGAGCCCUGUCUGGCGUAUCAAAGAUUUUGAUCCUCAUCGCGACACACCUGUUGAAGUGCUGCACGUCGUGCUACUCGGAUUUGUGAAGUACUUCUGGCGUGACGCCAUCGCCCGCUUGAAGGACCCAGAGAAGAAGAUCCUUAUCGCGCGGCUGUCGUCUUUCGACGUGUCCGGUCUCGGGUUUCCUCCGCUCUCUGGCACAACACUGGUCACAUAUGCACGAUCACUCGUUGGACGUGAUUUCCGUGCAGUCGUCCAAGCCGCGCCCUUUGUAUUGCACGACUUGAAAGGUAUCCCCCCUGAAUCACUCGACGUGUGGGCCGCACUCAGUCGUGUGGUCACACUUGUAUGGCAGCCCGAGAUACACGCUUUGGACGACCACAUUGUACCGCUCACCGAUGCCAUCAACUACUUCCUGGAGGCGACGUGUAGGCUCACCCCGCGAUGGUUCAAUAAACCGAAGUUCCACAUACUGCUACAUCUUCCAGAGCAUAUUCGACGCCUCGGACCUCCCAUGCUCUUCGCUACCGAAGGGUUUGAAUCCUUCAAUGCCAUCAUCCGAUCGUUUAGCGUGCACAGCAACCACCAAGCACCAUCGCGCGAUAUUGCAGCCGGUAUGGCGCACCACAGCCGCAUUCGCCACCUCCUCAGUUGCGGGCUCUUCCACGUGCCGCGGAUUGUCGGAGGCCGCAUCGAUGACACCUCUAUUUGCGAGACUAGUACUGGCUCUCUACCUUCAACGAGCUCGUCGUCGGCGCCACGGUCUCCUUGGCUCAGCAAGAUAUCAGGACCGGCUAUCCUGGAAAGAGGAGCUUGGCGUUCUGUAGGUCCGGGUCCGCUGUCACUGCUACAUAUCGCCAACUUCAGAGACGACCUCCUCCGUGCGACCCAAGCGAGCAGCCACGGAGUUCAUCUUCAGGCGUCGCUCAUGAGACAGCAGUUCCGUACUGUGCAGGAAGUGUUGCUCCAGAACGGCGAAUGGUGCAACGCCAGGAAGAGAGAUUGGGUGAUAUAUCAAGAGACUACUGCCGGUGACCCGCCUGAGCGAACCCCCAAGCUCGGGAGGGUGCUCGAAGUUUUGCAGAUUGUUGGAUCGGCCGCCGAGUCUUCCGGCCGAGCAGACGGCGUCCUGAUUCAAAUCUCACAACUCGGCGCCCUCCACAAUGAGUAUCGCAUGCCUCGUGCCGACCUCUGCGACUCAUACAGGCUCCUGCCCGUCUCUGCAAUUCGUUGUGUAGCUAACGUUCAACACGACUGUAUUGGCAGCAAGUGCAAGAUCACAAACACCAAGGAGGUCAUUCAAGAGCGCGAGAAAACAGCCAACCUGCACACAGAUGAAGUCCGGCAUUCCGACAGCGUCCACUUUGUUCUCAAUGUGGGACAGAUGCGCGAUGCAUCAGAACUACGACCUCUAGUCCUUCCCCUCCCAUCACUUGGCUCUCGAGACGAUAUUAUUCAUCACGCUGCAAUGCAGGAAGUCGAUCGUGCUCACCGCCAGACUCAGGCAGGCGACAGUCUUUCUUCUCGUUCUCGUUCCUCAUCUCGGUCCCCGGCUUCGCGCAGUCAGCGGCCCGCAUCACCCUCCCGGCUACCUCAUCCGACACCCACAGCAAAUCCCUCCCUCUCAAGUGCCCGUCCUUCCGUGCCGACUCCGCCACUGUCCAUGUCCUCGGACUUGACAUCGGCACGACCCAUGCGACCGAGUGUCGGACAACAUACUGGCCCCCCUCACCCACCUGACUCUCUUCUCCGCAGCGCUAUCAUGUCAUCGUACAAGCAGCCGAACAUGCAGGCAGGACCUCCAACGCCUCAUGACAUGAUCGCGAGCACCGUAGGGUCGUCGCCUGCAACUCGCAUAACUCAUUCCCGCCAGUACCCCCAGUUGAUGGCCCGUACUCCGCCUUACGGUUUUGGUCAGGAUGAUGGUCAUGUUACUCGUGGCUCAGAUACCUCCUCCUAG